UUUUGAAACGCGAAUUGGAAGGAAAAGUUUGCUGGGUGGAAAAGAAGGCUCUGGAGAAGUGAAGAGGUGGAGAGCUGGGUUUGGAAGUCUAGGGAUUUUUGGAGUCGCUGAAGGAGCUUGUUUUCUUGCUGGAAGGGUUUCUGGUAUUGGAUUUCGCACUUUGGUUGCUCUUGUGUUGAUGUUUUGGAGCUUGAUUUGAAGAUAUUGUUGUUGGGGAUUGAUUUAUUGGAGUUCGGUCCAAGGGAAAUAUGACUUCGGAUCUUGAACCUGGAUAGAGGGAAUGAUGAGGAUUCAAGACUGGAGUAUGCAUGAGCUUGAAGAUAUCAUCUGUGAAAAUUUUGGUAAAAGUGGUGAUCAUGUUGUGCCACUUUGGUGCAUUCAACAAGUGGAUGAAAUCUUGGAGGCUCUUGAUGUGCAUAGACAACUAGGGCAUAGAAUAGGAAGCGUUGGGAAGAGUGCUAAUAGUGGAAGAUCGACAGGAGAUACUUAUCAGACGGAAGAUGCUGGAUCUUUUCACCCUUCUUCAGAAGUUGGAAGCAAUAGUAUGCUAGAUGGUUCAUGGUCUCAGGAAUCAAAAGGUCCAGCUCCUGCAACAAAUGGCACUAAAUGCACUGCCAAUGUCUCUGCUUUAACUUCUCAGAAUGUUAUUAUCUUAGAUAAGUGUGGUGAAGGCAACAAGAUUGACUCGGUGUGCAACACAAUCUACUUAAAGGAUGCAGCCUUUGGUACUCAGGGCACUCCUGAUGACUACAGAGGCUGCAAUUUAUCACCUGCUGACUCUUCUUCUCGUGAUACUAAUGUUGGCUUCUUGGAAAAUGACAAGGACAAAGAUGUUGAUCUCAUGGAUUAUGAUUGGCCUGAUGACAGCAACAUGGAGGACAUUGACAGACUGUUUAGAAACUGCAAUUCCACAUUUGCUCAAGGGAGUACAAGCUAUGCAGAUGAGCCAUCAUGGCUUGCAGGUUCUUCUCAUGGGGGUUAUGGUUUGGAACAUACCUUUGAGUUAGGUUUAGAAUCAUCUCAUUCAGAUUUUAGGGUGUUGAACGGUACAUCAGCACUUACAGGUGUGAACUCCAACUUCUCGCUUAAGAAUGAUCUUCUUGCUGCUUAUGACGAUAAGCCUCCCACUAUUGGCAAUCACACUUAUGCCGAGUGGUUGGAUUCUAAUGUCGAAAGUGAGUGGAAUUAUUCAACCACUAAACAGGCAAAUGAUGGAAACGAUUGUACCAAAGUUUCAGCCAUCACACAACUCAGCAAUGAAAAUAUCCUGUUUGGAUCCGAAGACAAAGAUGUGAUUAGUGUUCAUGCAAAGCCACCGGAAAGCCAUUAUGUAUUUUCAGAGAAAGCAAGGAUUCAACACUCAGAUUGUAACAAUAGCAAUUUGGAGCGUCGCCAUGGCAAAAAACGACCACUUGCAGAAGAGAAAAUUGAGACUUCAGCUGCUUCAGGGCAUCAAAACUAUUCUUCUCAUUUUUCUGAUCAAGAGCAUUAUUCUGGACCCACUUCCAAUCCUCUGGGGCAAAUGGAAUAUGACCUGCUGACCCAUCAAGUUCCAUUUUCCCUGAUAAGGUCAAGUGAUAAAUUUGAUAAUGAAUCUCAUCCUCCAACUUCAUAUAAAGCCUUAGAUCAUCUUAUAUGUGAUUCCCCUCAAAGAUUUGACUGUUUGGAUCAUCAUUUGUCUAAGCCUGCAAGUAUGGCAACACAAGAAGAUAUAGAUAACCAGCAGACUAGGCAACAGCUAUCUGAGGUUUUGAUGGCUAAACUCCCAUCACAACAGAAUUCUUUUACAUCUGCAAUUCAGAAGAAGUACCCAAAACACUCUCAGCUUCAAUGUGAGAUCAGUGAUAGCAAUCUAUUAGUGGAUAGAAACUCAGGGCAUCCUGUAGUUGAGAUGGAUGUUCUUACUGCACAUGAAGGCUCUUGCUUGACAUCUGAUCUUUCUGAUGACUCACUUAAAGAAACAAGUUUUUGGCAACUUCAUCAUGUAAUGGAUCUGUUGGAUAUUAGGACAACACUAUCACUGAGAGAUGGACUAUACCGUCUGGCCAAGAGUGCUGAACAAAGGCAUGGUUUUACCUGCGCAAAUAGUCCAAUCAGAGCCAGUAAAUGUACCGGAAGUUGUAGCACAGAAAAUUUACAGAACUAUGCUGGCUAUAUGGACACUGAAACUAACACAAACCCCAUUGAUCGAGCUAUAGCACAUCUCCUUUUCUACGGGCCUUCAGACAGUGUCAGUAGGCCUACCAGUGAUGCUGCAUCAAUCAAGUUUCUCCCUCAUUCAAGCGAGUGCUGCCUGAUCAUGUUGAUCCCACGUUUGCUCUAGCAAUACUGUUCCCAUAAUCAAUAUCGAGUGAACGCAUGAACCCUUACAAGCAUAAUUGAUGAAUCAGCAAAAAGUGAAGAAGGCCUGCUUUCUUUUUUUGUUAUCUGGGCAUAUCUGUAUGUGUAUUCAUAUAUAUAUAUAUAUAUGUAAUAUGUAUAUAUAUGCUUCAAAAUACUGCAGUUCCUUAAUAGAUAGCAAUUUUUCCUCUGUAUGGAGUGACUCUUUCUCUUUA